AUGUGUUUAGAGUCAGCGCUUAAGUUCUUGGAUCAAGCCUCGAUAAUGAGUGACCAGGCCGUUGCAAAAAUCGAUAGUAUGGUGGUCGAAACAUUGGGAGACUGGGACGACGGUGAUGACAUAAUUUCAGAAAUGGACGUUAUUGCAGAAAUAGACAGGAUUGUAGAGGACAUGCUGGCAGAUUAUCCAGGUGCCCGAUUUGAGAGUAGGACGGUGGGGAAUUCUACGGCUCUAGAGCGUUAUUCUGUGGGUCUAGAACUUGACAGGACGUAUGAUCUCGUUAAUGAGUGUAUUCCUGCAUUUCAAAUUACCUUCCCACAUGAGGACGCAUCAUCGGUUGAAGCAAAGUAUCUGGUAUGGGCGUAUGACAUACUAAGUCAUGGUUGGUGGCACUUGGUUCCUUUCCAAGUGAAGAAGCCCGUGUCGGUUUUUGGACUAGCUCGAAAGGCUGUUGAGUGGGAGGAAGCGAGGAAGGCUAACCCAGGUCUAAAAGUCAAUGUCCUAUUGGAAGCACGCUGUUACAGAGGCAAUCGAAAUAGCCGUGUCCUCUGGGAUGUACCGAUGUUUUCUUUCAAGCUAAAAAUGGAGAGAUCUAUAGACGAUCUAGGAUUCGGAAAUUAUAUUGACGCUAAUAAUAAUCGGGACGCUAAUAAUAAUUGGGACGCUAAAGAAGAUAGUAGUCGGGGUAGAGUUCGAUGUAAAUGUCAAGCUCGUUGUACAUGUCAAUUAAUACCGUUAAGUGACGUUAAUGCUUCACUGCAGGAUUUAUUUUGCAAUUGGCCGGUUGAUGAGAUUGGUAGCUGUCAGUUGAAGCAGAACAUGCGUCGUUGGCGAUUGCGUUACCAGAAGCAUUACUCGGGGUCAUCCGGUGGCCCAUGCAUGUCGGGGCGGCAGUUCGAUGAAUUAGUGGUAAGGACAUUGGGACGUUUACGCGUUCCCCUUACUGAGGUUUCGAAGGCGUUCCGGAGGGCUCAGCGAAGGCAGCGAAUACGUGAGAGAGUGGCCGAAGUAGUGAUGAGAGAUCCCAGGGAAGCGUCGUUGGUGAAAACCAUCAUGGGCGACUUACUUCCAUCACAUCUCGUCGGUGUUGGGGGAAACAAAUUUCAGGUAGUUAAAGAGGGAGAGGAUGAUUUGCGGAUUCCACCGCGUUAUCUGGUCUGGGCCUACGACAUUCUAAAUCAUGGCUGGUGGGGUAUGAUACCCAUCUCCUCACAGGGACUGUCCCUUUUCGGAUUGGCUCAGAAGGCUCAGGAAUGGGAAGCAGGUGGUGGACGUAUGUACAGUUUAUUAUCCAGCUGUUAUAUGUGCAGAGAAAGUGUUGGCAGAGUGCACUAUCCAGGGACAACUUGUGAGAGAUGUGAAAAAUCGUGGAACCCGGAAGAGUUUUGGGAAUGGCUUCGAUCGAGACAUUUCGAAAAUAUUUACGAUCAGCUUAAGAGACAUACCAACCACCCUGUAGAAGAAGACAUAGGAGAUUCAAGUCAUAAAGAUUCAAAUCAUAAAGAUUCAAAUCGAUCUAUUAGAGUAGAUAGAAAUUGGUUGAUAAGGUUGAUCGACGAAAUCGGUUUUGAUAUUCCCACAGGAAAGAAGGAAGCCACAUUCGAGAUUUGCGAUUCAGCAAUCGAGAAGUACUUACCGUCAACUGGCUAUCAGUCGUUGUCAGGAAGGUUCAUGGCCUUUUGGAUUCCUGGGCGUCAAAUGGUCAAGAAAUCCCCAAACGGAUUUUGUCGAUGGGAACAUGAACGUUUGAUUGUUUACAGAAUCAGCUCCUAUUGUACUAACCUAGUGGAUCCCGUUCCUAGGUACGGAUUAUGUGAAAAGCCCCGUCCGGAUACUCCCGUCGAUUGUCCAGCUAUGAUCAGCAUAAUUUGUGGUGGCGUGAGUAAGUCCAUUCCUUCCUUUCAAAUCAUAUUCCCACAAGAAGAGGAAUGGCGAGUCCCAGCCAGAUACUUAGUAUGGGCAUACGACAUAUUGUAUUGGGGCUGGUGGCAUUUGGUUCCUUUUGAAGUGGCGAAAAAACCAGUUUCAGUGUUUGGUCUUGCCCAAAUGGCUGUCACUUGGGACACAUCGAGGAAACGGGAUCCGGGUUUAAGAGGCACGUCCACAUUGGCAGCACGGUGUUACAAAGCCUCCUAUUGUAUCACCGACGAGCUUGUGUGGGAUGCGCGGGCACUUAUCGAGUGGUUGAAGAGGCGAUCUGCAAGUGAUGUUGGAUUCAGAGGCGCAUUACAGAAGGAUGACAAGAAAGGUGCUUGGUUCAUUCGGUUAGCCAAUGUGGAUGAUGCACUGCAUGACCUGCUGGACCAGUGGCCUGUUGAUGAGGUGGGCGGCAACCAAUUCGCUUUAAACAUGACCCGUUGGCGGCGUCGCUACAAGGGCAAUAUCCCCCCAAACGAAACAAAUAAUCGCCCUACUGACUGCCUCUCAGCGGCAGAGUUUGACGGACUUGUAGUGAGAAUGAUGGGAGAUUUACGAGUGCCCCUUACCGAGGUCUCUUCUGAAGUCCGUAGCACAAAGCGAAGACAGCGAAUACGUGAGAGAGUAACAAAAUUGGCACUCACUAAUGGCUCUGGACACCACAAGUUCAUCCAGGCCAUCAUGAGCGAUUCACCUCCACCGUAUCUGAUGGAUAUUUCAGGAAACAAGUUUCGAAUGAUUAAGGAGACAGAAACCAAUCUGCGAAUUCAGCCACGCUACCUGGUUUGGGCGUACGACUCGCUGAGACACGGCUGGCGCGAAAUGGUACCCCAUCACAUCUUGUCACCGGGACUGUCAGUUUUCGAAUUGGCUCGGAAGGCUAGUGAGUGGGAAGCCGGGGGCCAACUGAUUCAUACUUUGUCGGCGAGCUGUUACAACUGCGGGGAAGGUAGUAAAUUCCAUGCUUCAACGAAAACUUGUGAGAGGUGCGAAAAGCCGUGGAGCCCCGCAAAGUUUUGGGAAUGGCUCCGGUCGAGGCACUUCGAAAAUAUCUGCGAUCAACUGAAGAAGUCCGAUUACGCUGGACCAGAAGAUUUCGGCGGGCCGACAGAUUCCCAGAAACCAGGAGACUCGAGUCGACGUGUGAACUGGGAUAGAGUAGAUCAAGAUCGAUGGAGUAUGAUUAUUGACGGGAUCGGGUUCGAUUUUCCAACAGAAAAGGAAGAACCCCGAUACCGAGAAGUUCUUGCCAACCGGUUGCGGUUUGUUAUGGAGGUUAUUGACGGUAUGGACCAGAGUGUUGACGAAAUUUUUGCCCGGGUUUUUACCACAUGGAAUUUUAGCGCUUGA